AUGACGGAGUGCGACUUCACUAUUACCGGGCACGGCACCAACAAGGAGGGGAAUCACUGGUGCACACGCGAUUAUGGGAGCAGUGGUACUGGUCACCAUUACUCUAACAAAGAUGGCUCGUUUUACUAUAAGAACCCUGACGGGUCUCAAUAUUUCAACAACGGGUCUGGAAAGGCAGCUUUGACAACCCCGAAUAGCCAUGUCGUCGACCUACAGAAGUGAUAGGAGUCUGGCGAGUCGGCUGCUGAAGUAGUUUGUGUAGACGUUGCAGAGGCACCUUUCCAUUUCUAUCAUUUUCUUUUUAUGGUAGAGGAAGAUCGGCUGAAGAGCUCAUGAUUUUCA